UAUGGCGCAUUGUGGAUGCUGAAAACAUUCUUUAUAAAAAAAUAUAUUGUGUCAUAAUACGUUAUGGUUUCUGUUCUUUCUUCACUUUUUAUUUUUAGUUGUAUUCUAAAUAUUCUUAUAAAAGGGACAUAUUCAAAAUGGAUUCAAGGAACGCUACGAACCCAAACGGACUGGGAAUUUUUGACCAGAUUCUGUUUUCUUAGUCAAGAAGGAGCCAUUAGCUAUGAGUUACAGUAUCCUGUGGGAUAUGCACCACAGGAGAUGCUACUGUAUUAUGACACGCCUGGUCAGUGGGAUGCUGUUUACGAUCGUGGCAGAAACUGCACAGACAGUAGGUCAGUGCUGAGUGAGAAAAACAACCAGGUGAUUAGACUAACAGAAGAAUCACUAAACAUCGCUGCCUAUUCAGGAUGUGUCACCAAAGAGCGGGAUGGUGAACCUUGGUUUUACUGCUCUGGUGUAAGAGGGUUCAAGUCUUCCAGGGAAAGAUGGUGGUACAUUGCAAUCUCCAGGUGCACCAGAAAUAAUGUACAGUUGUCAGGGAUGUAUUUAGAGUACAAGGUUCACAUGACCAAUGGAGAUAAUUUGCUGCAUCAAGAAUUUUCCGCUGAUGAGUUUUACAUUUUGCCAGUAGACAUUGCUUUCUUCUUGGUCUACAUAACCCUCUGUGUUCUGUCCAUUAUUUGUGCAAUUGUUUUAAGAGCUCGUCAACUGUUCCACACAACUUACAAGCUGUACUUGGUGGCUGUGUUUACCUGGACAUUUCAUCUCCUCCUAAUGGUCAUAGCAUGGGGUCACCAUGGGUCCACUGGCUGGGAGAUCAGACAAGUUGAAAGUGUUGGUCGAAUUUUCCGAGCAGCCAGCACAGUCAUAUUCAUCUUGAUGCUCAUCUUGAUGGCAAAGGGCUUUACAAUCACACGAGGGCGUCUGACACGCAUCAGUGCCAUGAAGAUAACAUUUUUCUUCUGUGCUUAUGUUGUUUUUAUCAUGGUGCUUUUUAUCUGGGAGGGGCUGCUAUUUGACCCUGCUCAAGUGCUGUACUACUAUGAGUGUCCACCUGGCUAUGGGAUGGUCCUCAUGCACCUACUGGGCUGGCUUUGGUUCCUCUAUGCCACAGUUUUCACCUUGAAGCACUUUAAAUCACAUCAAAAAUUUUACAUUCCAUUUUUCUCUUUCUUCACUAUAUGGUUUUGGGCUGCCCCUAUCAUGGUGCUAACUGCCAUGUUUGUCAUGCCCAAAUGGAGCCGCGAGAAGACGGUCAAUGGUGUGGAACAGUUUAUUGGCUUCUGUGGUCACAUCUUUUUCUUGAUCUUGACUAGACCUAAUGCAGCCAACAAAAAUUUCCCUUACCACAUUCGAACAUCUCAGAUUGACUUCAUACAAUCAGAGACAGAGGCCCCCAAGAGUGGUAACCCAUAUAUUGUUAGUUCAGGGGUUUCUUACGCUGGAUCAGGCCCCAACUUAGAGUUUUUCAUCACCUCCAAGAAUGUCGACAAACAUACUCCUGGUUCCCAUGGAGAAGGUCCUGUUGUGGCUUCCAGAAGUAGUGUCACCUUGACCUUAAACCAGCAGACCCUUGGUUCACAGCAUGAAGGUCGUCAUACCGUGACAGUCUCAUCUACCACUUCCUCUCACUCUGGGAACGGAAACACGACCAUCAUCAACUCUAAUAUCAAUGUCAACAACAACUGCAACUACCCACAAGCCAGAGACCCACCGUCCCAGAUUGCGCCUUUUAUUGCUGCACCAAGCCGCCCUUCUGACGUAGCCAUUAAUUCAGACUUUACACUGGCCCCAUUGAGGAGGACCUUGUUACCACCUCUAGUUCCGUCCGCUCCUCCUUAUGGGACCCUGGCAUUACUGAACUCCAACUUGAAAAGUUUCCAUUAAUGUGUUUCAUUUUCCCCCCCCUUCACUUUAAGGGUACCACUGCUGAAUGUUUUUUACUAUUGUUGCCUUCAGGUAACUAGCUAUUUUGUUAAAUAGUAAAAAGUCAUUUUGAAUAUUCUCUAUGCCAAAACAUAUACAUUAUAUUUUGUGAUUAUUUUACUUUUUUUUUUAUUUAUUUACAGCUAAGAUUUGUAUUCGAUCAGAUUUUUUCAUAUUUUGUAUCUCUUGCCACUGUGAUAAAAUCUGGACGUUAACAUAAACAUGAAGGAUUAGUUUGAAGUAGGUUUGGUUUUUGAUCCCCAGGCUAUAUCCCAGUAGCUCUUAUGUAAUUGCUGGCCUGCACAUGACUCUUCUUCAUAGCAUUUAACAAGAAGUUCAGUCUUCAAUGAAAAAUGUUUAUUUUGAACGUGUAAAUUAAGAUACACAUUGCCUUUGUUAUCUUAUUCAUGCUAUAAAGCUUUAUCCUUAUACUUCCAUGACUAGAUUCAUAUUGAGAUUUGUCUCAAUCCUGAAGCCUACACUUUUUGUGCUGAUCUAAUCACUGCUAGUCAUUUUAAGUUUAUAAACAAACUUUUGAUAAUAACUUAAAUUCUUUGCACUGUAUGUUUGCUUUGAUAUUAUUAUAAAUAUUGUUUUUACAAAGCUUAUAUCAACUCACACGUUAUUUCUCUCACACCCAAUAAAUAAAAACCAAUUAGUAAAUUAACUAUUGGUAAUUAUUUAUUUUGUUUGGUAUUUCAAACAAGGGAAAGAAUUUGUACUUGACUGAAGUGGUGGUAUAAGCUGAAUUAGUCCCCUUUAUAGGUCAUGGUCUGAGUAUUCGUGAACACAAACAUGAAAAAUAGGACUAUAGAAACAAUAAAUAACUAUAUAAUCUUUCAUGUUUAUAGGCUCUCCACUAACAGAG